AUGAGCUCUGUUGAAUCUUCACCAUUAUCCUCAGCUGGCCUACCAACACCGGAGCCUGUUAUUGAGUAUGGAACUGAGACUGAAGCGGAAUCCCAAGCGGAAACUGAAGUGGAGACUAUCACCAUUAGUUCUGGAACAGAGACAGAGGGCACAGAUAUAAAGGAGAUGGAGAGUGAGGACAGUGUCAGCGAGACAGAAUUCUUAAAGGCCACCGAAGAUUCUUCAGUGAGAUAUGAUGUGGAUUUCAUCCAUGAUUACAACAGAAAGACUAAGAGAUGGCUUGUCCAUUGGUCAGGAUUCCCUUGUGAGGACGAUUCCUGGGAACCACUCAGCGUCUUUGAUCGUCCCUACACUCUCAUAUACCUCUAUCACAAGCAAUCAGCUGUGCCUCUUCCCUCUUUUGUCCCGCCAAUGCCAACAAGCCUGAACUUGGAGCAGGAGGAAGAAGCUCAGGAGGAAGAAGAAAAAGAACAGGAAGAGGAAAAGAAAAAAGAGAAAGAGAAAGAGAAAGAGGAGAGGAAGAGGAAGAGGGCUUACGGAGAGCAUGUGGAUGAUUUGCCCAAAAUGAGGGAUGAGUUUGCUAAGAAGGAGAAGUACACAAGUGAGGAAGAGAAGGAUACCGUGACUUCUGAAGGACACUCAAAUUCUAUAUCUGGACUGCUAGAAGGAACUACCCCCGUGACUCGCCGUACACACACUCAACGGCGAGCAUAUCACCAUUCUCUCAUCAUUACUGCUCGUCAUGAGGCCCAUCUCCAAACUCCAUCUGCCUACCUUCCACAACUCUUAGGUCUUGAUCAUGUUGGUGAGGAUAUCAUUCUUCAUCUUUGUCAACCCGACCCAUCACGUCUUCAUGUCAUCAACAAUAUUAUUACUACCAAUCUCCACAAUCCCAAUUGUAAAGGCUUUAUAUCUUUACCCGAAAUUACAAAAGCCCUCCGUGACAAUCAUUUAUCACCCCUCAUCCAACUUCGAGCUGGCUUCAACAUCCUUGUCGACAAGACCAAAGGGGAGGAGGGAGAAGUCUUUGGUGUGGUCUAUUACAGAAAUCUUAAACAUCUCAGCCAGUCUUCAAAGAAUGAGGCUCUCAAUAUCAUGCGUGUUGUCGACCUCAUAUCACGUACCAACAACAACAUCAUCAAGACCAAUGGGGCAUCCCAUGCCAAGGAGUCAAAAGCAAUACCUCAUGGAGUGAUGGCAGAGUAUGGGUGGCGUAACUCUUUUGUCCCGGGGGAAGGUAUCACCCGCUACAAGCCAAAACAGGGGAAGGGGGAUCAGCUUGAGGAGAUUGAUCUGGAAAUGCCAAAGGUUGCCGACUACUUUGACAGACGCUUCAAGAUCUUGUUUCAAGCAGCGUUCAAUGCAACUCAACGCCAUGCGGAAGAUAAUCAUAUUCCUCGUUUUGACGUACAAGCUAUUGACUCAGGGCUAUGGAAGAACACUCCAGGUGCCAACAUGUUCUCCACUACUCGUGGCGGUUUCUCCAACACACCUCAUCAGGAUCGAGACACCUCUCCAUUCAACAUUGGACUAUUCUUUGCUGGAGCUGUCAGAGAAGGAAGGUUCAGUGGAGAUCUGUCUCGUGUCAGCAAACAACUGCAUGGAGGUGAAUUUUGGUGGCCAGAGCUUGGGGUGGUAGUGGGACAUGCUCCGACAGAUGGGUGGGCUGAGGUUGUCUGGAGGGGACCCACUGAUCUCCAUGGGACGCUUAGCUGUUGGUUACAUGAGGGAGCACAAUUUAGUGAAGUGGAUAGGUGGGGAUCCUCCUGUCAGAUCACAGGAGCUUUUCAGAAUAGUGUGCGGCUCAUGAGAGAAAGAAGAGACUCACGACUCAUGUAG